CACAGCCAAGCAAGCCAAGCUGGGCCCAGGAUUUGCAUGGGGCAGGGGGCGUGCAUCCUCUGGCACCUCCGUCCUGACGUCCUUUCUUCCCCUGCAGCCUCUUCAAGCACUACUGCUACUCCCGGGGGGGCAUGCGCCACAGCUCCUACACGUGCAUCUGUGGCAGUGGUGAGAAUUCGGCGGUGCUGCACUAUGGACACGCCGGGGCCCCCAACGACCGGACCAUCCAGGAUGGAGACAUGUGCCUGUUCGACAUGGGUGGAGAGUAUUACUGCUUCUCCUCCGACAUCACGUGCUCCUUCCCGGCCAAUGGCAAGUUCACCGCAGACCAGAAGGCCAUCUACGAGGCGGUGCUGCGGAGCUGCCGUGCUGUCAUGAGCGCCAUGAAGCCAGGUGAGGACGCUGGCGGCCGUGAGGCAGGUCCUGCGCGCCACAGCCUGACUCCGUCCCCCUUUGCUCGGUCAACUAGCUGAGACUCCAGAUGGUAUCGGAUCCCCAGGAGCAGCCCUGGGAAAGGGGCUGACCGCCACGGAGGGACAGGGCUGGGAAUGGGGGAGCUCGGCCCAAAGUCACCCCACAUCCCAUCGGACAUCCUCCACCAGCAAGAACCCCUGCUCGCAGGGGCCAGUGCGAUGUCAGCAUGUCCCCUGUCCUGUCCCGCAGGGGCCGCCCCAGAGAGAGCUUGACCGGCAGACGCCGACACUGGCGUUCGGUUCGGUGUUGGGGCGCCCUUUUGUUCAGGCUGCCACUGGCUCUGGUGGGGGCCGAGUGUCUCGCGGUGUCUGGGGAAUGGUGGGUGGCUGCCGCAGGGCCCUCUGGGGGCCUGGCCAUGACCUCCUCGAAGGCUGGACUCCAAGCUCAUUCUGAAAUCAGAGGGAUCGUGCAGUCACGUUGGCGUCCCUCUGUGGAGCCCUUACUUAAGAAAAGAAGAUCCCCAAACUGUGAAAGCCCCAGGGUGUGGCCUCUUGAGGCCUCUUGGCUCUGUGUUGGCUAAACAGCCCUGGAGCCCCUCGGCCAGGUGUUGGGAUGAGUCACAGCACAAGCAAGGUGCUGUUUUUGAGGGACGCUCAGCAGGUGCCACUUUGAGAGGCACACCGAGCAGGCCUUUCCGGACGGCCCCCAUCCGGCCACCGGGCCCACAGCAGAGGCUAGGGGAGCCAUGGAGGGAAACUGACGGUCCGGGGAGUCCCAGGCCAGGCAACUCAGCCCCCAAGGGAAGAUAAGAAAGGAAAACCUACAAGUUAAGCCCCUGCUGGGGUGACAAGGUGACAGGACUUGCGUGGUUUGUUGGCUGCAGAAGGAAACAUCAUCUCAUGUUCAUCACUUGUUUGAAAAGCCUAGUCACUCAGGGAGCGCAAACACAGGGAGCCUUCUGGAUGCUUGUUGCAUGGAGACAGAAGAGUGCAGAAUGGGGUGGCCAGUCCCCCUUUUGUGUGGAAGAAGGGAGUGUAACAGUGCUUGUGACUCCGUGGGGGAGGUGCAGG